AUGGUGAGACAAGAUACUAGUGAAGAUCCGGCUAUGGUGAGACAAGAUACUAGUGAAGAUCUGGCUAUGGUGAGACAAGAUACUAGUGAAGAUCUGGCUAUGGUGAGACAAGAUACUAGUGAAGAUCCGGCUAUGGUGAGACAAGAUACUAGUGAAGAUCCGGCUAUGGUGAGACAAGAUACUAGUGAAGAUCUGGCUAUGGUGAGACAAGAUACUAGUGAAGAUCCGGCUAUGGUGAGACAAGAUACUUGUGAAGAUCUGGCUAUGGUAAGACAAGAUACUAGUGAAGAUCUGGCUAUGGUGAGACAAGAUACUUGUGAAGAUCUGGCUAUGGUAAGACAAGAUACUAGUGAAGAUCCGGCUAUGGUGAGACAAGAUACUAGUGAAGAUCGGCUAUGGUAA